AUGGCAUCAGUAAUGAACUUUAGACAAGUUUUACAUUCGAGGGAUGAUGAAGAGGACGAUCUUGAUCUUCAACAUCGGAAUAAGAUUCGAAGAAACGAGAUGGACUAUUCAGACUUUAAAGAUGGGGCAAUAAUUAGAUUGCGUUUGACUAAUUUCGUAACAUAUGCAUUGACUGAAUUUCACCUCUCGCCAUAUUUGAAUAUGAUUAUAGGCCCCAAUGGUUCAGGAAAGUCUACAUUUGUUUGUGCGAUAUGUUUAGGCCUUGCAGGUAAGCCAGAAUACAUUGGAAGAGCAAAGCGAGUGGAAGAUUAUAUUAAGAAUGGUACGGAACAAAGCAUUAUAGAGAUAACUUUAAAGAAUAGUAGGCUGGUGAAUGGAUUUCCCAUGAUAAAGUCGACGGAUGAUGUUAUUACCAUAAAAACUGUCAUUAUGAAGUCCAAAAAGAAGUGUGUUUAUUCCAUAAAUCAACAGAGUGCCAGUGAAAACCAGGUGAAGGCGUUGGUUUCUGUAUUAAAUAUUCAAUUGGACAAUUUGUGUCAGUUUCUCUCACAAGAGCGUGUAGAGGAGUUUGCUCGUUUAAAAUCUAAUAAGUUAUUAGAGGAGACGAUUCGCUCAAUUGAUCCUUCACUUGUUGAUAUGUUAGAGGAAGUUAAAAAUGACCAGCAAGAAGAAAUCAAUCUUAGUCGUGAUGUAGAGAUUAAUAAAAAGAAGCUGGAGAAGCUACUUGUAAAAAAAGAGUCACUGGAGACCCAGGUUCGUGCCCUUGAGGAAUACGAAAGAAAGAAGAAUGAAAUAGAUGUUCAUAAGAAAUUACUCCCCUAUGCCCGGGUUAAGAAUCAUAAGAGGCAACUUAAGGACCUUAAGAAGAUAUAUGAAUUAGCUAAACAAGAGCUUAAGGAAUUUUUGAAGGAUAAGAGGCCAUAUAAAGUGGCGAAUGAAGAACUAAUAGAAGCUUCCAGUGAAAUAGAGAAAAUUAGAAAGGAAAAGGAGGAACAAUAUAAUGCAUUAAUGAAAGUCCAAUCUAAUAUUAUAGCAAAGAUCCAAGAGCACAAAAAUUCUGUUGAAGAUUUGAAGAAGAAGAUAACAUAUUACCGAACUCGGCGGGAAAAUAUGCAAAGAAAAAUUGAAAAGGCUGAAGAAGAUAUUUUCAAUCGUAAUAAGCUGCUGGAGACCUUAUCAUUACCUAGCCAGCAAGAUAUGGAUAAAUAUGAAAGCAUGCGUGUGAAUCUUUAUGAAAAGGAAUCGGAGAUCGAAAGAAAAAAAGAAGAAUUGGAUUCCACAGCUAGGGCACUGAAUAGGGAACUAACUACUGUAAGGUCUAGAAGUGAGAGGCUAAAAAGGGACCUGGCGUCAAAUGAUAAUUUAAAUGUCCUAAGGGGGCAGACUGGGAGGCUUGACGAAGUCAGAAGAGCAUGUGAAUAUAUAAGGCAACAUCCUGAGAUGACUGGCAAAGUUUUGGAACCCCCGAUUGUUACUAUAAGUUGCCCUGACGCAAAAAUAGCCUCGUAUCUCACAACAUGCGUAGAUUGGCAUACAUCAAUAUCACUAACUAUGGUGGAUUCAGCUACCUACAAGCAAUUUAAUGAUCAAAUACUUCAAAGUUUUCAGGUAAACUUGAGAGAAUUGGCAUCAAUUGAGGUUCCAUACCCAUACCCUAUUGACAGUAUAAGGAGUUUAGGGUUUGAGGGAUACCUUUGCGAUUUCAUUAAAGGUGAUGAGGCAGUGAUUCAAAUGCUGAAAGAACAACAAAAAAUCCACACAAUUCCUGUAUCUACAAGUGAUCUCGAUUCCCGAGUCAUAGAUGAACUUAGACGACCAGACAGCCAGGGACAGUUAAAGUUUAGAAGAGUGAUUGCUGGGGACUAUGUUUAUGAUUUCAAGCGGUCACGCUAUGGUGAUAGACAAAUCUUCUCCACAGAUGUUCAAGUUAAAAAGGCGCAGUUCUAUAUGGGUAGUGGCAUGUCAGAAAGUUUAAAGCAAAAUGUGAGACAAGAGUUGUUGCAAUUGAGAGAGAGAUAUCAAGCUUUGCAAAAGGAAAUAGCAGAAACAACGGAAUUUAAAAAGCAGUAUGCUUCUCCAAUGGCUCAAAUAAAAGAAGAACUGAGAGAAUUACAGCAACAAAUACAUGAUAUGAAUCAUAAAAGAAUGCUUAAAUCAAGGACUAUCAGUGAAAUAAAUAGUAUUAAACAAAAAGUGGAUGAAUACAAAAGAGAUAUGAACAAGGAUGUUUCUGCUGCGAUUGCUGGUUGUGAAGAACAGAUUGGUUCGUUAUUGCGAGCUCAGACAGAUGAGCUGAAACUGAUGGUUAAAAAUAUGAGGGAUAUACAGCUUGUUCAACAAGCACUCGCUGAACUAGGCAUAAAACAUAUAGAAGCUCGAAAUAGGGAACGGACAUUCAAUGACAUUAUCGGAUUUUUUAAUGAGAGAGAAACACAAUUGAGAGAAAAAGCUGAAGAAGCCAAAGCAGCAUAUGCAGCUGUUAAAGAUACGGCUGAAUUUAAAGGUUGGAUGCAACAAAUACGUUCUUAUUCAGAUGAAGUAAGGAGUGAACUCUCUGAAUGGGCAAAUAGGUAUGAAGAUAAUGGGCAGUUUACGCUGUCAACUAUUUUAGACAUCGUAUCUAGAUUGGAAACCGAAAUUCAAAUGACGAACCAUGAUGACUCUGUAAUUACAAUUCUGAAGCAGACACUAGAGAACAUAAACUAUCUGCAAGUCACUCUACCAAAGCAGGUCGAAAAAUUGAAUUCUAUUAGAAUAGGGAUAAAAUCCUUAGCAAGUGAACUGGAGCCAAAACUAGACGAAACUGUACAGAAAAUCUCUCAACGUUUCAGAGCUCUGUUUAGCAACGUCGGCAGCGCUGGCGAAGUCUGCCUUGUAAAGCCCAAUUUGUAUUCUGAAUGGAAAAUUGAAAUCAAGGUCAAGUUUAGAGAUGUUGCUGAAUUAAAGCAACUAGAUUCUCAUACACAAUCUGGUGGUGAAAGAGCCGUAUCGACUGUUUUAUACAUGAUUGCAUUACAAGAUUUCACUAAUGCUCCAUUUAGAGUCGUCGAUGAAAUUAAUCAAGGUAUGGAUGCCCGAAAUGAAAGGAUUGUUCAUAAAGCUAUGGUGGAAAAUGCGUGCUCAGGAAGUACUUCACAAUAUUUUCUCAUCACUCCGAAGCUCUUAACACGCUUACAAUAUCAUGAAAAGAUGAGAAUACAUUGCGUUUUUGCUGGAUCUUGGAUACCGGAUCCAAGUUUAGAUAGUGAACGGAUUCACUUUGGUGAACUGACUAGAUACCAACUAUAG